AUGAACCAGUCCCGAUGGAUUGAAUGGAGGACUCUGAAUAUGAGCAGUAGUGUUAUGAACAUAUCUGAGCACCUCUCCUGCCCUCUUGGAUUUGGUCACUACAAUGCAGUUGACAUCUGUAUCCUUGAGACAGUCGUUAUUGUCUUGCUAACAUUUUUAAUUAUUGCGGGUAACUUAACCGUGAUAUUUGUUUUCCACUGUGCUCCACUCCUGCAUCAUUACACCACCAGCUAUUUUAUUCAGACCAUGGCCUAUGCUGAUCUUUUUGUUGGAGUCAGCUGCUUGGUUCCUACUUUGUCACUGCUCCACUACCCAACAGGUGUCCACGAGUCCUUGACUUGUCAAGUUUUUGGAUACAUCAUCUCUGUGCUCAAAAGCGUCUCUAUGGCAUGUCUUGCUUGCAUCAGUGUGGAUCGCUAUCUCGCUAUAACAAAGCCUCUCUCCUAUAACCAGCUGGUCACACCUUGUCGCUUGAGAAUCUGCAUCAGUCUCAUCUGGAUUUACUCUUGCCUGAUCUUCUUGCCUUCUUUUUUCGGUUGGGGAAAACCUGGUUACCACGGAGAUAUUUUUGAAUGGUGUGCUACCUCCUGGCUAACUAAUGCCUACUUUACUGGCUUUAUCGUGUGCUUACUCUACGCUCCUGCUGCCUUUGUCAUAUGUUUCACCUAUUUCCACAUCUUUAAAAUCUGCCGGCAGCACACCAAAGAGAUCAGUGACCGCAGAGCUCGCUUUCCUAACAACGAGGGGGACGCUGCUGGGGAGGCUGGGCACAGCCCCGAUCGCCGCUAUGCCAUGGUUCUGUUCCGGAUAACCAGCGUCUUCUACGUGCUCUGGCUCCCUUAUAUCAUAUACUUUCUGCUGGAGAGCUCCAGGGUGUUGGAGAACCCAGCACUCUCCUUCCUGACUACGUGGCUUGCUAUAAGCAAUAGUUUCUGCAACUGUGUGAUAUAUAGCCUCUCCAACAGCGUUUUCAGGCUGGGACUACGGAGACUGUCAGAGACAAUAUGUUCAUCUUGUGUUUGUUCAAAAGACAGGGAUGUACGGGACCCUAAGCCAAGGAAACGGGCUAAUUCCUGCUCCAUUUAA